GUGAUUUGAAAAUAUGAUACCUCGCUGCACCCUAAAUCUUAAACUGAGAGGCCUUUUCUCCUUUUGUUGUAUAUUGCAAGUCUCCAUGUCAAGGGUCAUGCCACACAUACCUCCAGUGUUUCUGCUUCUCUUCCAAAUCCUAUAUGCCAGUCGAGGUCGUUUUGGUAUCACAUCUCAAAAAUGGGAGGUCAAAUUCACCCGUCGCCAUGUCUGUGCAGUGACUGGAUCAUCAGUGGUCAUGCCCUGCUCUUUCACCCAUCCUACUGGUCUCAUGGUCUCCAAGGUCUACUGGCGCUACCGACCUAACCAUAAUUCAAGAUUCACAAACAUAACGGAUGGGAAUCCUAAAUACAAAGGACGUAUGCAAUACUUUUGGAACAAGAACAAUCGCAAGAACAAGACAAACUGCACAUUCAAAUUGAGCAAGUUGAUGAUGUCAGACAAUGGAGAGUAUUUUACGAGGAUUGAAACAGAAGAUUCUAUAGAGAAGUGGAUGAGUGGAUCUAAGGUCACUUUGUCUGUGAAAGAGCUUUCUGUUGGGGUUCCUGACCCAGUGAUUGAGGGCAGCGUGGUAAAACUGAUUUGCAACAACAUAUGCUCAUCGAUUUACGAACCCACAGUGAUAUGGAGAAAGAAUGGACAAGAUUUACCUGUCAAACAAACAAACAACAAUGAACUCAUCCUACAGAGUGUCAGUACAGAGCAUGAGGGCAACUACUCUUGUGCACUGAAACAACAUGAAGACCAUCCAUCCAAACCAGUGGAGCUUAAUGUGAUGUUCCCUCCAAGGGUCCCGUCUGUCUCUGUCAGUCCUCAUAGUCAGACACUAGAGGGCGCUUCGGUGACUCUGACCUGCAACAGUGAUGCCAACCCACCAGUGGAGAACUACACCUGGUUUAACCGCAAUGGCUCAAUAGUUUCCAAGCUGGACACUGGAAAGUAUUACAACAUAGGGAAUGUCAGCUCUGAACACACUGGAGAUUACUACUGUGAGGCCAAGAACCUAUACGGGGCCUCCAAUUCUACUGAUUUAUACCUGGAUGUUCACUAUGCUCCCAGAAAACUGUCAGCGUCCCUCAAUCACUCUGGUAAAAUAGCAGAGGACAGUUCAGUGACUCUGACCUGCAGCAGUGAUGCCAACCCACCAGUGGAGAACUACACCUGGUACAGGAGGACUGCUGCUGAAACAGUGCGUGUGGGUACAGGAGAGAGAAUCAACUUCGAUCUGACCUCAGACAGGGCUGGACAGUACCACUGUGAGGCCCACAACAGUGCUGGAUCCCUGAAUUCUACUGGAGUUGAAGUUGUUUGGGCUGGGUUUGGCCAACAGAAUGCCCCUCUGUUGACAUUUGUAGGUUUCUUCACAACCCUUAUACUGCUGAUCAGCCUUGUGCUAUGGAGGAAGAGGGCAAAGCCAAGUAACAACUCCAGAAUCUCCGAUGUCAACACACAAGGUGGCCCCAGUAAUGUGUAUGACAACAGCACCAAUAUUCCUCUGACCUCUGACCCUGCCCAGAGAGUGGACGCAGGUGACCAGGAUGAUGUCCAGUACGCCAGCGUUCAGUUCAAGAGCUCCAGAGGUCAGCAGGUGCCCGUUUACUCCACUGUCCAGAAGUUCAAGCCCCACCCACAGCAGCAGGAGGAGGUGGAGUACGCAGCAGUCAACUUCUCUAGACCCACUGCUGCCACCCAACCUGAACAAGACCCUGUAAUCUACAGUACAAUCAACAAAUCCAAACCCACCGAGCACACAGCAUGUACCACAUCUCAUAAAUGGGAGGUCAAAUUCACCAGUCACCAUUUCUGUGCUGUGACCGGAUCAUCAGUGGUCAUGCCCUGCUCAUUCACCCAUCCUAAUGGUCUCAUGGUCACCAAGGUCUACUGGCGCUACCGACCUGACCAUAAUAAAAUAUUCACAGACAUAGUGAAUGAGAAUCCUAAAUACAAAGGACUGAUGGAGGACAACGACGUGACACUGAGUUGCAACAACAUAUGCUCUUCAAAAGACAUCCCCUCAGUAAUAUGGAAAAAGAACGGACAGGAUUUACAUGUCAAACAGAAACACCACAAUGAACUCAUCUUUCAGAGUGUCAUCCCUCCAAGGGUCCCGUCUGUCUCUGUCAGUCCUGCUAGUGAGACACUAGAGGGCGCUUCAGUGACUCUGACCUGCAGCAGUGAUGCCAACCCACCAGUGGAGAGCUACACCUGGUUUAAUCGCAAUGGCUCAAUAGUUUCCAAGCUGGACACUGGAAAGUAUUACCACAUUGGGAAUGUCGGCUCUGAACACACUGGAGAUUACUACUAUUAUACUGCUUUUCACCUGGAUGUUCACUAUGCUCCCAGAAAACUGUCAGCGUCUCUAAAUCACUCUGGAGAAAUAGCAGAGGGCAGUUCAGUGACUCUGACCUGCAGCAGUGAUGCCAACCCAGCAGUGGAGAACUACACCUGGUACAGGAGGACCACAGCUGAAACAGUGCGUGUGGGUACAGGAGAGAGAAUCAACUUCAAUCUGACCUUAGACAGGGCUGGACUGUACUACUGUGAGGCCCACAAUAGUGUUGGAUCCCUGAAUUCCACUGGAGUUGAAGUUGCUUGGUCUGGCUUUGGUUGGAAGACAACCACUCUCUUGUCAUCUUUAGGUUUUCUCAUAAUCCUCAUCAUGCUCAUAGGCUACGUGUUUUGGAGGAGGAAGAAGGCAAAACCAAGUAACAACCCCAGCAGCUCUGAUAAUAACACACAAAAGCUCAAUCCACUUACACAGCAGCAGCAUGAGCAGCAGGAGAAGGGGUACGCAGCAGUCAACACCACCCAACCUGGUGCAGGCUACCAGAGCCUGAACCCCAACACCACCCAACCUGAUGCAGUCUACCAGAGCAACCUGAACCCGAGCACCACCCAUCCUGAUUCAGUUUACCAGAGUCUGAACACCAACACCAUCCAUCCUGAUUCAGUUUACCAGAGUCUGAACACCAACACCAUCCAUCCUGAUUCAGUUUACCAGAGACUGAACACCAACACCAUCCAUCCUGAUUCAGUUUACCAGAGUCUGAACCCCAACACCACCCAACCUGAUGCAGUCUACCAGACUGAAGACACAUUCUAA